CGUAAUAUUUUUUAUAUUAUAGUGCGAAAUCAUGAUUAAAGAAGCACUUUACGUGACUCUGUUUUCCUUUUGGAGCUGUACAACCUUUGCUGCAUUCGCUGGCUCCUACUAUAUUAUACCUUUAGCAUUGGAAAAAUGCAGUGUUUCUGAGUGCGAAAAUCCAAUUAUUGUCUUCAGCAAUUAUAAAAUAAGAAAGCUUGAUAGGUCAACUUACGUCUACACGGGUUCAAUGAAUGCCACAAUACCUAUUGACGAUGACAUAUGGGCCAGAGCUGAUGUUUCUGUCUGGGGAAAUGGCGGUUGGAAGCCGAAUUUUUACACUUUCGAAAUGGGAAAAUUCUGCUCUGGAAUGAGAAAGUUUUUGCCGAAAUUCGAUGAGGAAAUCACUAUGCGUCUAAACCAAACUUGUCCCGCACCCCCUGGUUUUUACACUUUAACCAACUUGAAUUUUCGCCAAGAGAGCCAGCACAUACCGUCGCUUCCAUAUGGAAAGUACAAGGCUAAGAUUAUUGGUUUUGAUAAAGAUAAAAAUUGUGUGGCAUGUGCUAAUUUCGUGUGCGAGGUCGUACCCAAACGCAGGAAGAGGCCAUAGACAUUUGUUAUGAUGAGGACUGUGAAAUCUGAUAGGACAUGGAUAAUAAUAAAACAUUAAUAAAAUGU